AUGGCUUUGAAAUCUAAAAAUAAACUUGGUUUUAUUAAUGGAAAUCUUCCUCCACCGUCUAUUGAUGAUCCCACAUUUGAAACUUGGGAUCGAUGCAACACCAUAGUUCUUGGAUGGAUCCAUAGAUCUAUUACACAGAAUAUUGCUCAGUCCAUAUUGUGGAUUGAAAAGGCCUCAGAUGCAUGGCAUGAUUUGAAACAUCAAUUUUCUCAAUCAGAUGUAUUUCCUAUGUGUGAUUUGCAAGAAGACGUGUAUAAGCUAUGUCAAGGAAACAAGAAUGUUAGUGAGUAUUUCACUAUGCUGAAAACAAUGUGGGAAGAAAUGGAGAAUUUGAAGCCAAUUCCCAGUCCAAUAGCUCCAUGUGCAUGUGGAGCAAUAACAAAAAUGCGUCAGCUUCGUGAGAAUGAUCAGACUUCUGAAAGUAAUCUGAAUUUCACAAGUAGCCAUCAAACUCUUCCAGCAAUAGGAGACCAGUCAAGAAGGAACAAUUAUUUCAAUAAUGGAAGAGGAUAUAGAGGACGUGGCUACAGGAACUAUGGAAGAAGAGGAGCUAUGUCAGCAGUUAAUGCAAUUACCAACUUUCCGUUCCAAGAAGAGAAUUUGAUGAAGCAUGACAAUUCUGUUAAUGCAGUUAACAAUUUUCAGUUCCAAGAAGGGAAUGUAAUGAAACAUGAUAAUUCUUCAAUGGCUGCUAUCCAUGAUCAGUAUCAACAUAUAUUGAAUAUGUUACAUCAUUCCAAUGCUGGAGACACAGUACCUACCAAGCAUUCUGCAAAUGCUGCUAUUGUUUCACACACGAACACAGCUCCAUCAGAAAUUCCAAGGCUACCAUAUAAUUCCCUUACCUGUGAACUACAAUGGUUACAACAUCUAUUCCAUGAUCUCCAUAUUCCUUGGUCCAAACCGGCAUCAGUUUACUACGACAACAAAUCUGCCAUCUACCUAGCACGCAACCCAGCCUUCCAUGAACGUUCCAAGCAUAUUGACAUUGACUGCCAUGUCACCCGUGAAAAGCUUUGUGGUCUUCUCCACCUUCUUCCAGUUUCCUCUGCUGACCAGGUUGCUGAUGUUUUUACGAAGCCUCUUCUCCAAAGCUUUUCAUUCCAACUAUUCACAAGUUGGGCCUAUUCAACCUCCAUAGUCCCACUUGCGGGGGGGUAUUACACGAUGCAGGCUCACAGCCCAUUCAACAAGAGCCUAAUGCUUACAUAA